CACCAGGGGUGAUACAACAUAAUUCCUUACACAUCCUUGCUAGAGUCAUGUAGCAAUAUGUAUUUAUACGCUAGAAGUAUCUAUUGAAGUGUUUGUGGCAUGCCUGUACGCGUGCCCGGGAAGGUUGUGUUGUUGUUAGUUAUCAAAUUUACUAUUGAUCGCAUAUUACAAUGUCUACACAGAAGGACGAUCCCGUAUCACGGUUGAAAGCGCUUGAGCGCAUGGGUGUCGUGGAGGACUAUAGCAAGAUUUAUGGCUGCAGUGUGAUUAUCGUUGGUGUUGGCGGUGUUGGUGCCGUUGUUGCUGAGAUGUUAACUCGUUGUGGGAUAGGGAAGUUGAUCCUUUUUGACUACGACGACGUUGAGCUUGCUAAUAUGAACCGUUUAUUCUACACUCCAAGCCAGGUUGGCAUGUCUAAAGUAGAGGCUGCUAAACAGACAUUGAACGCUAUAAAUUCAUCUGUCGAUAUUGAGUCUAUCAAUGCCAACAUUUGCAAGGAUUACGACAUAUUCUAUGACCGCAUUUGCCAUGGUGGUCUUAGUGGGUCUAGGGUUGACCUUGUACUAUCAUGUGUUGACAACUACGCUGCUAGGGUGACUAUUAACAAGGCAUGUUGUCAAGCAGGUCAGUUAUGGAUGAAUUCUGGUGUAGCUGAGAAUGCCAUGAGUGGACAGAUACAGACUUGUGACCCUGGUAUCACUGGUUGUUUUUUGUGUGCUCCGCCAUAUAUAGUAGCUGUCAAGGGUGAUGAGAGCACUAUCAAGCGUCCGGAUGUCUGUACUGCUAGCUUACCUACUACUAUGGGUGUGGUUGCUGGUUUGUUGGCUCACAACGCUUUGAAGUAUUUGCUUAAAUUCGGCCAAACUACUUGCAUGUUGACUUACAACUCGUUGCAAGAUUAUUUUCCUAGUUACUCCAUUGGUUGCAACCCCGAGUGCACGGAACGCUACUGUUUACAACGUCAGGAAGAGCGUUUUUCGGAGCGUGAGAGCUUCAAGGCUCAGCAACAUGCCGAGGCGGAUUGUGCCAAUGACGCUGCCGUUGAGCAUGAGACCAAUGAGUACAACAUCACGGUGGUUGAUGACGUGACAGUGGAUACUAAUAGCCCACCCAGUGCUACUGCAGACUCCGGUAGCAGUGAGAAACUAUCCUUAAAAGAGCUUCGGGAGCGCUUAAAGGACGUUACAACACGUUCUUGAUAUCUCGUGGUCACGUUUCUGUGUGUCUAUAUUACAUUUUGUAUACGUUACCCAUGAAUU